AUGCAGACAGUGAUGGCCGGAACCUUAUGGGCAGAAGGCGUGCGUGCGCUGUUCGCUGACGAGUACACUUCUGCAGCGAAGCUGUUUGCUGCUUCCAUCCAGGACGAGCUGGUAGAAUCGAAAAUCGCCGCGAGGCGUCUACACUUCUUGGCAGAGAUGCUGCUGGACAGUGGCCAUCCACUGGAAGCUAUCAGGCACUUGCAGCAGGCGGUGAAGAUGGAUCCAGACUUGAAGGAGGCCCACAUUGCCCUGUGUAUGUCACUCGAGGAGGUUCAGGACGAUGAUGGGCUCCGAGCUGCGGUGGCGGCAGCCAUCGUGGAGGGUGGCCUCUGGUCCUCGCCAAGGCAACGUCCAGCCGCUUAUUUGCCAGAUCUCGCGUCUCAGCCUUUCUGGGAUCCAACGACGUUUCCCUGGGUCCAGGCGCUGGAGGCUGCCUCGCCUCGGAUACGUUGUGAGCUCGAGGAAAUCCUGCCUCUUCUCGACCAUCCUCGCGGACCGAAGCCUCCCUGGGCGAGAGUCGGAGGUGGCCACAGGACCUCAGGACGCCAGGAUGGCGAAGCGGUCUUACGAGGCGGCUGGCAUGAGGUGGUCCUCUUCGGUGCAGGCGACCCGGAGAAGACGAAGGAGGCCGGCCAAGCGCGAUGCUCGGCUGCUCUGAAGGCGAUCCAGGACUUGCUGCCAGAGGCUGUUUCCCUGGCGGAGGCUGGUGCUGGAGAAGUUGUCCUAUCCGCACUGUCCCCGGGAACAGAUGUUCUUCGUCACUGCGGCAGGGCGAACCACCGCCUGACGGCUCACCUGGGGCUGAGCAUUCCACAGGAGAGCUCAGAGAGCUCACCAGGUGCAGACAACCAGCCUGCAUGCGGCAUCGCUGUUGGAGGCGAAUGGAGGUGCUGGGAGAAGGACAAGAUCCUGAUCUUCGAUGAUUCCUUUGAACAUGAGGUGCGUAAUCAUGCGGGCUCCACGCGAGUGGUGCUGCUGAUCCGAUUCUGGCAUCCUUCCCUCGACACGGCCCAGAAGAGGGACAUGGCACUGCAAGAGAUCCAGGCAUCGCUGGCCCGUGCCCAGCGACUCCGCACUUUGCCGCCCUUGGCGCCGGCCUUUGAGGAACCGGGGCCGACCUUGGAGGAGCAGCUUCUUGGGCGCAGUGAUGGCACUUGUGCCCAGUGUGGCUCUGCAGAGGGUGGCGACUUGGUGUUGGACGAGGAGAACAGGCGAGUCAGGCCUGUCUGUUGCUGGAGCUACCUCUUGGCAGUCCUGUGUCCACGUAUGUCGUUUCAGUAUCGCAGCAAGCCGUGUGGCUACUCCGUGUUCGGUGGAUUGGUUGGAGCUUGGGUUCUCCGAGGUGAAGCAAGGCAUAGCAUCCGCGGCGGUCAUGACUGCCUGACAUUGCCUGGAGGCUGGUUGGUCGCUGUUGCGGACACACAGUUCUUUGAGCAGGGCUGCAACACUGGCCUGGAGUCUUGCGGCAAGGUGACCUUGGGCAUGCUGGCGGGCGCAUUGAAGCCAGGUGCGUGGCGAUUCAGUGGCGCUCCAGCCAAGCAGCCACGGCAAUGCUCAGCGCCGACACCAUGUGCAGCAGAGGACCAGCGAGCAGACGAUUUGGCCGCUCUGCACGCGGGAGCACAUCCCGAGCAAUUUCGGCUGAUCCAGCGGCGCGUCCUGACCAAGAAGGGUACCAGAGACAGGCUCAGACCUGUCUGGGUGACCAGGCACCAGGAUGAGAUCCAGAUCCGGAAGAACGGAGGAUGGCGGAGCGAUGGAGGCUCUGCUUCAAGGCAGCCCGUCUUUGACCACCUGUCGGCCUUCGGCUUCGCGGUCAAGGACGGCUUCGUAGCGAUGGUGGCCCUAGUCAAUCUCGUGAUGACUAGCCCUUGCUAA